AUGCGCUUUAUUAGCUGAGAUAAGGAAGCAGAAUCAGGGCGCUUACCAGUCGCGUGCUCGCAGGCACAUCGAGGGCGCACCACCGUGGCGCAAAAAGAGCAUGUCAGCACCCAUCGGGAAGCAGGCUGGGGUCGGGUCGGCAGAGCUGUGCAAGCGGUGUCGGGGGCACCCGUCGCGGGACCGGGUGAUGACGGCGGGACGGCGGCCCGCAGGGGAGCAGGCUGGAAUCGGGUCGGAGCCGUGCAAGGCACGCUAGGCUCAAUGACUGGUUGUACGGGGUUUGGCGGUGGCUGGACGACCUCGGAGGCGACGCUCAAGGUAACUAAGGCAGCGGGCGCCGGUUUCCAUUGUCGUAGGGUGUUAAUGAGUUCCGGGUUACGAGGCCAAGUCGACCACUCCGCAAUCUUCCCAACCCCCUCCAAGAGCGCCUUGAAGGUCGAUGCUGCAAGUUUGAUAAGGUCAUCUACGUGGUAGAGGACUGCUAAGAUGCUAAACCGUGUAUAAUCUAAAGAUCGCAAAUUGAGCCGCUUUUCUAGCACGAUUCCCUUCUCCGUCGGCGGCUCAGGCUUGUAAAU